CCCAGGGGAGGUGCUGGGUUUUCUCCCCGUGAUAACUGGGUUUCUCUGGGGUGGGUUGUGCGUCUGUGGAACAUCGCUGGGCCUGUGAUAGUGUCUAGGUCUGGCCAUGCUUAGUACAGUUGCUUGGCUCGUUUGUGUCUAGCUCUCUGCUGGUCCCUCGCAUUCCUUCCGGAGCUGCGAUGCUGCUGCUUCUGCCUUUCUCCCUAGGCCUUGCCGCAGCCGAAGGGUGCUCAGAUAGCCAGGACCUGCCUGGCAGUGCCAAGCUGUAAUGAGCGGGGGGUGAAAGGAAAUGAUCCAGAGCUGAGACUGCUUGUCCGUUCCAGUCAUUUGUGAACUGUCUGCAAGGCCAAAGGUGGCUUGUGUUCCAGUUCCAACACUGUUCCGCAAGGUUGGCUAUGGGAUGGGCGAGGAAGCGGAGAACAAGUACGUGUCCCAGCUCCAGGAUGUCUAUAACAGCUGCGACACCACGGGCACGGGCUACCUGGACCAAGAGGAGCUGACGGAGCUGUGUCGCAAGCUCCGGCUGGAGAGGCAGCUGCCUGCACUUCCCCACACUCUCCUGGGACACGACCGCUUGGCCAGGGUUCACUUUGAGGAGUUCAAAGAAGGCUUCGUGGCAGUGCUGGCCGCCAGCGUUGACCUGGGCGUUUCCCACGAGGAGAGCAGCUACUUGGAGCCAGCCGUCCCGGAGGAAAUCGAGCCCACGUGUGUGACGGGGAGGAGGAGGCCUGGCCGCUGGGCGAGCCCCGAGCUGCAAGGCACCGCGGCGGAACCCACCCACUAUGGACGAGAUCAGCAAGUUCAAAGCAGCAUGAAGAGUCAGCUGAGGCGCUCGGCCUCUCUGGAGAGCGUGGAGAGCCUGAAAUCCGAGGAAGAAGCAGAAGAUGCUACAGACCCACAGGAGGAAAUGUCGGCGGCGCAAGGUCAAGUGAGCACCUGGGACCCGGGCCGGCUGGGCAGCCCCGGACGCACGGACAGCCCCCGCUUUGGCAUGUCGGAGGGGCAGAUUCGGGACAUCUGGGAAGAACUCGAUGUCGGGGGCACGGGCUACCUCGGCAAGCGGGAGCUGGCGCGGGUCUGUAGGAGCAUUGGGCUCCACGAGCUGGAGCAGGAGGUGAGCUGGGUGGCAGCCUGGCUGGGAAGAGCCGGAUCCCUCAAAUGCAG